UUAAUUAAAUUCCCCUAGUAUGUACAACUUGAUCUAACCUUAACCUUAAAAGGAGGUGGAGGUAGAUUAUUGAUUACACAUUUCCAUUUUCAUACGCGCAAAAAUAUAAAUAGUGAUCUAUAAUCACUAUUAGUUUAUUAUUUUUAUUUUACAUACAUUAAUACCAUGAUAUGACGAUAAUACCAACUAAUAAAGGCUAUUGGACAGUAGCGAGAAGAGUUUACUCAAAUGUUUCAAAACAUACAAUUUCCAAACCUGAAUUAAGUAGUACAUUUGGAAUUCAUCAAGAUAGAGUCAUUAGUAACGAUGAGUUAACUACUGAAGAAUCUCCUAUUGAACUUAAACCAAACAUGAAAAUUAGUAGUCAUAGUAAUGAAGAUAUAAGAUCCUUACUUAAAUCCUUUAUAUUACCGCAUAACCAUAUAUGUCAGGCAGAUGAUACGACAGAUCUUGAGAAUAAUGCUUUACAGAAAUUAUAUUUCAAUUGGAAAUUACCAUCAUCUAGUUCAUUACCAUUACAUAGUAAUAUAUCUAUUGAUCCAUAUGAGUUCUUUGCCACAAAUAAUGAUGAAAAUUCAUAUAUAGCAAAUCCAAGAUUAUCUGUGACUCGAUUAUUAACUACUUCCUGGUGUGAAUUACGUGAUUAUUAUACUGUUUAUGCGGGAUCACCACUCACCCAGGUUACACAACAAAUGAAAUUAGGUUCACAGCAUCACAUACGAUUAGAAACUGAAAAGCAUGCUGUAAUUGAAACUGAAACUGUAGCACAAGUUUUGAAAAAUCACUAUAAUUUAAAUAAAGAUUUGAUUUAUGACUUAAUAGAACAAAUUGAAGAUGAAGAAACUAUACUGAUCUAUGAACAGAAAUUGGAAGAAUUUAAUGCAUUUAUGACUGGAAAUGUAGAAGAAGGUAAAAUAGUUAAGGAAUGGUCAGAUCAAAUCAUUAAUCGUCUAUUUGUAUUAUUUAUAACUGGAGAAGCUAGAGAAAUAUUAGUGCAUGGAUUUUUAAAUUUGAGAGAAAGACGAUUUCUUUCAAAUAGGCAAGAUUUACGAUAUAAUGAACUUGUUAAUUCACGUAUUAAUGAAAACAAAGUCUUAGUUAGUGGUAUAAUUGAUCAUGUUGAAUUAUACAAUCCAUCUGACUCUUCAGAUUUAUCACUCUUUGAUAAGAUAAAUGAUUGUAUUACGGAAAAUCCCGAUGAUAAUAUUGACUUAACUAAUUUCAUAGAGAAAAUAGUUCCAAUAUUGGAGGAUAAUAAAUCUAAAUAUGAGAUAAAAGUAUCAGAUGUUAAAACCCGAUCUCAGAACUAUAUUCCUUAUCAUGAAUCUGUAUUAUUAGCAGCCAAGUAUCAAACUUUUUACUACAGAAAAAUGUUAGGAUUAUUAUCUAACGAGGAUCAAAAUGAUCCUGAAUUUGCAUAUUUCAGUUUAUUAGAAAAUCUCCGAGCAAGAAAUCUUGAUCCUGAUAAACCGAUUAAUUUCAUCACACUAGUUGAAAUUUUAAGAAAGUAUAAGCAAUUACUUUAUAGUGAUUUUGUAAAGUUAAGUAGAGGAGAGAGUAUUGGAUUUUCACCAUUUGAUGAAUACGUACAAGAGAAUCAAUAUAAUGAAUCAUAUAAUCCAGGAUCUAUAAUACAAAACGAAGAAGUGGAAAUGGAAGUAGACAUGGAAGGUAACGAUUUUCUUUCAUAUAAAAAGUUAGACAUUGAUGAGCUCAAUAAUGCUGAUAAAGAAUUUGAUUUUCAUAAAGUUUUAACUCCAGAACUCUUAAGAAAUUGGAAAAUACCGCCUACAUUAAGAUAUUUUGCUGCUCGAGGUUCACAGUUUUAUCAUCUCUUGCAAAAUCAUUUAGGAUCUAAAACUUCCAUAGAAUAUCAUAAUGGUAAGACAGGAAAAGUAAUUCAAAUUAAAAAGCAUGAAUACGAUGAAGAAAUAUUAUCUCAACAAAUAGCUUAUACCAGUACAUUUUGGGAUGGUGAAAGAUUACCAUCACCUACUAAAAAUCUUGAUAAGUGUAAGUAUUGUAUGUUUCUGUCAAAAUGUUUAAUACCUAACAGUGGAUUUACUGAGUAUGAAAAUAAAAAGUUAUUGGGAUCUACUAUAAGUCAUUUUUUGCAUUCAGAUUACGCCAAUUAACAAAUUAAAUAAAAUUAAAUAAAAUAAAAUUAAAUAGAGAAUAUAUACUUAAAAUUUUUUUUAAUAUGUAAAUCAUCAUCAAAAGAUACAUCAUACACUAAUAGACCGAAAUCUUCUUUCAAAAUGAAAAGUAUGAGAUCUUCUGCAGAUGAUUUAAGUCAAUAUUUGGGACUCGUUUACCACAAUACACCUCUUCAUGUCAUGUACGUAGUGAUAAAUCCCAGAAAUA